UGAAGCUUACACGGACACAGCACGUGACGAUGCUAAUGGUACCACGUGGAUGACCAAUGUAAAUUGCACUGGAGAUGAACGCUCUCUUUUUUCAUGCGUUCGUGAUGAUGGUUGGGCGGGAGCUGUGCAAGCAAUCAAAUGGCGGGAGUGCGAUGCACCGGACCUGAGGUUCGCUUAGUAGGUGGUGAACAUACAUUAUAUCAAGGCCAAGUAGAAGUUUUGUUUAAUGGCGUGUGGGCAGGAAUAUGUCAUGAUUACAAUUGGGAUUUUCCGGAAGCCAAUGUAGCUUGUCGUCAACUGGGGUAUCAUGGAGCUGUGCAACCCACCUACCAUGGACCGUCUGCAAUAGGAAUAGAUGAUGUAAGAUUAACCAAUGUUCAUUGCCUUGGAAACGAGACCUCAAUACUAAACUGCACACACGACUUGUUUGGCGUGGGCCGCAAUUGCUGGAGUGGAGAAGUUGGUGUGAGGUGUUCUCCAUCAGUUCGUUUAGUUCGAGGACUGUCUGCCAGAGAAGGCCUUGUUCAAGUUUAUCGUAAUAACACUUGGGGCUGGAUCUGCGCUAAGAACUGGAAACCUAAGAAAGAAGCGAAUGUGGUUUGUAAAGAGUUGGGUUACACAGGCGCAUCCUCAGUAAAUACUUUUUCUCCAAAUGAGCAGGGUAAUGGUUCGUUGUGGAUAAACAAUUUUCAGUGUGCUGGAAACGAGAGCUCGCUUUCCAUGUGUGUUCACGAUGGAUAUACUAAUAACAGCUGUUCUACCGGCGGAAACGUUGGUGUUGUUUGCACCGGUCCAGAAGCAAGAAUCAGUGCAAAUGACUCGCAUAGCUUACACCCCCGUGUGGAAAUUCUGUUUGGAGGAUUCUGGGGACCAAUUUGUGGUGAUCAUUGGGAUCAGCAGGAUGCAAAUGUAGUUUGUCGUCAGCUAGGUCACGAUGAAGCGUUAGCAGCUCCUGUUUUCCAUGGUAUUUCGGGGAUCGCAGAGGUAUGUCUGAGAUAUUUGCAAUGUACCGGAAACGAGACUUCAGUUUUGAGCUGCUCGCACCAAGGAUGGAAAUUAGUCUUCGAUGUCAUAGAUGGUGAAACAGAACUUCCUACAGUUGGCAAUGUCAUUUGUACCCCUACUGUGCGAAUAGUUGGAACAACAGCAACGCCAGGUGAAGGUUUAGUACAGGUUUACCACAAUAACAUGUGGAAGUUGGUCUGCGAUGAGCAAUGGGAUACAACAGACGCUGAUGUAGCUUGUCGGCAGUUAGGUUACCAAAGCUCAUCUACAGCUCUGAGCUUUCCAAUUUCUAACCAGAGAAAGGACCAUUGGACAGCGUGGUUAAAUAAUGUGCAAUGUGUUGGUGAUGAAAGCUCCCUUUUGUCAUGUAAGCAUGGUAGUUUGCUCCAGAAAAGCACUUGUACAACCAAACAAAUGGCUGGUAUGAAAUGUAGCGGGAGUCAAGGAGGUGUCGUGGAAGUUUUGUUCGGGGGAGUGUGGGGUACAGUGUGUCCUGACUCGUGGGAUCUCAACGACGCCAAUGUAGUAUGUCAACAACUGGGCUAUGAGGGGGCACAGAGUACUUUUGAUCCCUACGCAUGUGAAGGGGAUCCACCUGUCACCUGGAUGAGUAAUGUACAGUGCAAAGGCAACGAGACCUCACUAUCACAGUGUAAACACAUGGGUUGGAAUGCCACUAGAUCUUGCCCGCCCUAUUCUUCUGCAAGUGUAAUUUGCAUCCCUCUAGGUGCCUUAGGACCACCGGAAUUUGUCUCAAGCGACUUCGUAAACAUUGACAUAUCAUGGAAUUCUUCAAGGUCCUCAAAGUUUACUGUGCAGAUGUGGAACAAGGACACCAUGACAUGGGCCUCUGCGUACUGUAAGGAAAGUUUAAUCGCUGAUUCCUGCGUGAGGAAAAGCCUGAAAGCCACUGUGGUGAACUUGAAACCAUCCACAACAUACUACUUCAGAAUUUUUGUCAGCAGAUUGUCUAUUAGUACCCCAUCAGGACCAAUGAAAACAAAGAAUCUUGAUCUACCCCAGAAGCCUACCUUCAUGGGAAGUACAACAAAUAGCAUCACUAUUAAAUGGAAGUCGACUUCUUUGCUUAAUGUGACGUACGCAAUUCAGAUUAAACGUCAUGAUGAUUACUCGUGGGCUUGGGCCAAAUGUGACACAGAAAGCCUGGUACCAAACAUCUGUACAGUACGUGGUACUAUGGCAAGGGUGAUUGAUCUGCAACAUAAUGCUGAGUAUUACUUCAGAGUGUGCACCAACUCUGAAGAUGUCAAGAGUGACUUUAGCCAACCAUCAAAGGCAUUAAGAACAACAGGUGAUGUUAGAUACACUGAUUCUAUCAGUUGUUGUGUCUUAAGCUUCUUGUUUUUACAUUCCAGCUAUUCUUAGCUAUCGAUAUUUUUCGACAAACAUUUUUCGCCAGCGUCAAAUUAGACUUGAAGUUUCAUGCAACAGUAUCCAAAGGUGUACUUCUGUUGAAUACGAUCGUCUGAUUGAGGAGCCAAAUAUUUGUUCGAACUAAAUGUCACCAGUUCACUUAGCACUAAAAAAGUUAUGCGACUCUUACGUCCAGUUAAACAGAGGCAACGUUCUGAGAAUGAUAUGUUUUAUGAAUUCGGAGGAGCUAUUUCUUGUCACCCCUGCGCUACGUAUGUAAAUUUUGCUAAUCUCGUACAGUCAAAUACCAAAUUGGACCCAUUCAACGAAUAUUUAAAACGAUUUUUAAUCAAGGAACAGGUCUCAGUGAGAGGCACCUGAAUGUUUUGUCGAGCUUUUUUGGCCGAUUAUAACGGAAAUGAAUCACAAAAAGCAAUGAUUUGGAGCUACGGUCGAAUGUCUGUAACCACCGUUUCAUCAAACAUGGGAGGUAACGGAAUCUUCGGUUGUCAAGGUGUACAUACCGUUGAGUUAUCAUCUCCAUGUCGUUAGUAAUUACAUAAUGUAUUGCAGAAGAAUAGUGUAUUCACGGUGAACAUUACAACGCGUGAAUGCCCUUUUCAGUUUAUCUUUCUAGCUGUAUGAUGCAAAGCUAAGCUUUGACCACAAUUAGAAAUAUGAGAGGUUUGACUUACAGAUCAUGAAUAGUGGAAGUGUGAUUUUUCAUUGCCACUAAUUCAGAUCUAAUAUUCCAUAUAAACAGUUGUUUUAUUUCACACUGGUAUGCUGUGAAAAGGAACAGACUGGAGAGAAAGGCACACUCAUGGUACACUCGAAGCACUUAUUUCUUAAUUCUUUUAAUUCAAGAUACAUCUUUUGAUAAGAAAGUAAACUGCUUCGAAUUUGGUUCUAUUUGCGAUAGAAAUUUACAGCAAUAAAAACGUUGAAGUUAGCGAAAUUCGUCUAUCCUCUUAACGGAUGCGCCCUAUGCUAAACUUCACUCCUUUCAUGACGUCUCGUCGCGUGCAGUAAAUUGAUAGUUAUUUGCCUGUCAAAAUAAAACAAAUCUUUACUGAAAAAGACUAAGAUAGCAAACAGUUAAGUGUAAAGGGGAACGUGCGACCGCCUUGGCCACCAGGGAUCUGAAAAUCUGACAUGUACAGUUUUUCUCUUUGAAUUUUUCAGGGAGCCCUAUAACUCCAGCUUCGAUUCAGUUUCCAUCCGGUAACUCAUUGUGUAGCUUCGUCGAUCCUGUAGAUAGCAAAAUGGAAAUUUUUUUUACAUGUUUAAAGGUUAUUCCUGCUAGGUGUCUCUGUUUUGUUUUGCAGAUUUAUACUAGUGUCGCUGAAGAAUUUUUAAUAAUGCAUCCAUGUUACAUCCAUCCAGCUGACUUGCCGUUUGUGGUGCAAUUUGCACUACUCGUUCAUAACCACUGGAAUGGAAUACUUAGCUUGUGGUUGGUUAUUUCCUGAGGCAUUAUUCCAUUUCCUAGAUUUAAGACUGUGGUAGCUUUGAAGGUUUGUUAGAACGGCCUGAUCAUGUUGAAAUUGCCUUCUGGCUCCCAUCCUCUGGAAAAUAAACUCUUCUUAGUGUCAGUCAAAUGCUUG